GACCGGCUAUUCUGCGCUUGAGAGCAUCUUAUUAGACUGCUGGUAUCCAGUGAGCCGCUAAAUCCAAUAAAAAAAGAUAGUCGUUGCAAAAUCCCCUAACCUCCUCCGAGACUCAGGUCAGAGAAAUGGCGCUGAAGCUACCAAUAUCUCGGUGUUACAGCUCCAGCAAUUGCUUCUUUUUCUCCUGCAGAUCAACAUACACUAGUCCAAAGCUCUCUGCGACAUGGUUGGAGUUCAAAAUCCGCAAUUAUCUUUCUGUAAGAACCUUUGCUUCCGUGACUGAAGAGAAGGGUCAAUUAAAGAAAAAGAAAAGGAGACUGGAUGAAUUGUGUCUGGAGAGGUUUCAGCAAUACAGCCGGACAUUUAUACAGUCAUGGAUCCUUCAAGGCAAAGUGUUUGUGGACGGAAAAGUCGUUACCAAAGCAGGGACUCAAAUCCCUGAUAAAGCUGUUGUGGAGAUCAUGGCUGAAAUUCCAAAAUAUGUAUGCAGAGGCGGACAUAAACUGGAGGCUGUGAUUGAAAACCUGGGGAUUGAUGUCGCAGGAAAAGUAGCUCUUGAUUCAGGCUUGUCUACUGGAGGAUUUACUGAUUGUUUACUUCAGUAUGGUGCUUCAUUCGUCUAUGGAGUUGAUGUAGGAUAUGGACAGGUGGCAGAUAAAAUUCGUCGAGAUGAGCGUGUAAGUGUUAUCGAGCGUACAAACUUGAGAUACCUUUCUGAACUCCCGCAAAAGGUCGACUUAGUAACUUUGGACCUCUCCUUUAUUUCGAUACUUCUGGUGAUGCCUGCAGUUGUCAAUUUAAUGAAGGAGGAAGCUACUUUAGUGACUCUGAUUAAACCUCAGUUUGAGGCUCGGAGAUCUCAGGUUGGAGGAGGUGGAAUUGUAAGGGAUCCCUUGGUCCAUCAAGAGGUGAUCGAGAGGAUCAUAAAUGGGGUACAAAACCAUGGAUUUCAAUGCAAAGGUUGGAUUGAAUCUCCUUUGAAGGGAGCUGAAGGAAAUAAAGAGUUUCUAGCCUGCUUCAAUCGAGCAGUCAUCAGUGAAGAAGUUGAGAAACAGUAAACGUUGCUAACAUUUGGAAUCAACCAUGUAUGAGAGCAGUCAUCAGUCAAAGAAAGCCUUUGUAACAUUUGGGAUAAAACAUAUAUUGUACGGACAUGCUGGAUGCCGACCAAAAAUAUUAAAGAGCACAACUUGUAGAGGGGCUUGGAGUCAAUCAAUGACAUGGAUGCAUAAUUUUGAAGUCGGAUUGCUAGAUAGAUUUAUGAGGGCCUUUUGAGUGUGGUCCUUUCUUCUCUGACUAUAAACAAUGAACAUGUUGAAGUUUUAGCAAUGACCAGCAUGACUACACUUGCAGAGAAUCAAUAUCCAUUUUCCGUUUUCCUGAA